AUGCAUGAGUGGGAGCAACUAGAGCUCACGCUACCGACCGCAGUCAGACGCGGCCCGGAGGAAGGCAAGGGCCUCGUCGACUACGUGCCGCCGCCAUGGGCGAAAUUCGACCCUAACGAGGUGCUGGGCAAGGAAGCGCACGCACUGUCCGUGGACGUGAUAUCCCGCGGCACCCUGCUGGAAAAUGUCGAGCUGGGCAACAGCGCGCAUUGCGUCCUGGGGUCAAUGGACGAGUGCCAACUGGUCUACAAGAACCCGCUAGUGUCGAGAAGGCACCUGGUUCUGCAACUAAACAGGUACGGCAAGCUGCUGCUGUACGACCUUGGUUCUACGCACGGAACCACCCUCAACCAUGUGCGCAUCGAGCCUUACAAGUACUAUGUGCUGAAGGUCGGCGACCAAAUCCGCAUCGGCCAGCGCGGGUCCACCAGCAGGACAUACGUGAUAUGUGGCCCCGAAGAAACGCCAACUAAUCAGGAUGACGCCAAACCGGCAACCAAACCCAAGAAGAUCGCAAAAAGCUGGGCAGCCAAGGACGAAGAGGAGAUUAUGAGCAAGGUAAAGAAGGCUACGGCCGCAGACUACUACGACACCAAUCUAUACUUCGAUGAGUGGGACGAAUACUUCGACCGAGACCAGGUGAAACAGGAAACGGAGGCUAAACGUAAGCGGAAGACACACACUGCGGCAUCUCUCAAAGCGGAUUUGAUGCGCCUCUACCAGGAGGAGGUCGACAUCCUGAACCGCUGGUACAGUAUCGUCAAACAAGCAGACGACGAAGGGAUCAUCGAUGCACCUGAUCAUUCAACGAAAUCUGUCUCGCUGGUAAAAAAUAUACAGCGCAAGGGCCUAGAUGACGACCGGACGAAGCUGCAGGAGCAGAUCGACGGGAUACGGGCCGAGAUCGAUCGCUACAGAAAGCUUCUCAAGCUUACACGCGCCGAGUGA